AUGUCAUAUACUGAAAAAGCCUACAGAUGCAUCUGUAGUUUUACUGCUCAGCAUUACAUCAAUCCUUUGCUCUUGUUAAAAGACACUCGUAGACUUAACGCAACGAGUGCUGGAAGUACUAGCGUUCGUGAGCAGCCACAGGCAAUACCAACAAGAAGUGACAAGUGUGACAAGAGUGACAAGAGUGACAAAAGUGACAAUUGUGACAGGAGUAAUAAGAGUGAUAAGUGUGACAAGUACGAUAAUAAUUGUGAAAAGUGUGACAAGUAUGAUAAGAGUGAUAGGAGUGACAAGAGUGACAAGUGUGACAAAUGUGACAAGUGUGACAAGAGUGACAAUUGUGACAACAGUGACAAGAUUGUAAAUUGUGACAAGAGUGAUAAGUGCAACAAGUGCGACAAUAAUUGUGAAAAGUGUGACAAGUAUGAGAAGAGUGACAGGAGUGACAAAGUGAGUGACAAAAGUGAGAAGAGUGACAAGUGUGACAAGAGUGACAGGAGUGACAAAAGUAACAAGAGUGACAAUUGUGACAACAGUGAAAAGAGUGUAAAUUGUGACAAGAGUGAUAAGUGCGACAAGUGCGACAAGUGCGACAAUAAUUGUGAAAAGUGUGACAACUAUGAGAAGAGUGACAGGAUUGAUAAAGUGACAAAAGUGGAAAGAGUUAAAAGAGUGACAAGAGUGACCUAA